UGGAUUACCGCAUGACCGCGGGUUUGGGUUUUGGAACUACUCUAUUUGCACCCACAAGUCGAGACGCGCUGUGGCGGGGUGCCUAACAGCAGUGCUGUAAAGCACGCGUUCGUGCAGUCCCAGAAGCCAUGUGAGCUGUGUGGGUUAACGGGAUGCAGAGACGCGCCUCCGAAAGCAAAACUAAACACGGCGGGUGACAGCCGGGCACACCAUCACCACACGAUCCUGCUCAGCAAAACAGCUGGAAUGCACAAUGUCCUGCGACACCUUCGCUAUUCCUCACCGGCUGUGCUCUGACGCUCUGGUCAACCAUGUGGAGGCACAGAUCACCAACAGCACAGCACUGAGGCUGGCACACACACCCCAACAGACCAGAGGACCGUCUGCUAGCAAGAACUUUUUUCACAAAGGGUUUCGACGAACCUGCGUUUGGAUCUUGACACCUUCAUUUGCAGAGUCAAACGGCGAUGCACUCAGCGCUCAUCCCCUUUCUCCUAUCUAGCUAUGUAACCCUCCGGCACACCUGGACACACAUCGUGCAGCUUGAGGGGAGAGACUUGCUGCGGCGAAUCAGGUGCAACCGCUGCAGCCUAAAGAUGUCGGCCUGCUCUAGAAAAACGUACGAAUGCAACUCUGGAGGAGGUUUCCCGCGUCGGGCACAGCUUCUUCCGCUCUCUCCGUUUCCUUGAAUGCCGCAGCAGGUGGAAACUUUGCGACGGUGACUUGGUCGGCGCUGCCGGAACCCGGCACUGCAGAUUUCUGAGGCAGCCCAGGAGAAGAAGUGCAGUCUUGUUGAUUGGAACGAACCGGAAGCAAAGAAUAUGCGAAAGCAUUCACAGAGACACUCAGGACGCGACGGGCACGACGGCGAAAAGCGAGGAUCACGAGUUGCGAAACGCUGAGAAAAAUAGCACGCGUCUUGUGUCUCGCUUUUGACUGGACUUCGCUCCUUUCUGUCGCGUUUCUCUCUGUCUUUUUCACUCCUGUUUCUGCCACCUGCUUUGCGACUGAGGGUACGACCCGAUUUCUCCUCUUGGGCUUUCUCAACCGCUUGUUUCUCCAUCUGUCCUCGCCAGAAGCCUUGUGUCACAGCCUCUUUUAAGUCUGCCGCAAUCGCGUUCAUUGACAUUGACCUCCCGUUCUCGAAUUUUUCCCCGGUCUUUUCACUCUCGAGAGUUCCUUCUUUGCCUCUUUUUCCCUUUCCUUCGGAUCUGUCGGAUCCGUCUCCUCACUGACUGGCCGCCUGCAGCUGAAACUCUUUCGAGUUUUUGCUGCUACCGGAGCACAUGUCGUGUUUAGCGACAUUUCUCCGACUGGCAGGCGCCACAAGGGAGCAUCCGACGCCAUGCAAACAUCCAAAGCGCAGCCUUGACUCGAAAACGAACUCCUCGGGUGUUGUUUAUCCAAGCUGCAGGAAUUAGGAGUGAAACCAUCCCUGCGUUCGUCCAUGAAGUCCCGGUACCGCGCUGGACUUCCGCUGUAUGCACAGGACCUAGGACAGUGAAAAAACCUCAUCAGAUACAGAAAAAGAAUGUUAUUUACGGUUCUCGACACUGAAGCUUACCUAGGAUACGGAUUGCGACUCACGAAAUCCGCACGGCCAAGUUCUGAAUUCCUGCAGUGCAUCGCCACCCGCUGGACACCUCGAGAGAGCCCAGUGUGUUGGGUUUCAAGGCCUUUCUGUAUGUUUGCUUGGACGCUGGAGUCUUAAUAAUUUGUCGACUCGUGCGUGGAGCACCAGACAUAGAAGCUUUUAGCGUCGCCUGCCUAUGGCGACCCUUCGCGGCAGCGGCUUGGCAGCCGCGAGAAUCUCAAGCGUCGUUUUCGCCGGCAAAAAAGACUCUCCGAGGAAGGCUUUCCUUCGCUUUCCGUUCCAAUGUCUACCGCGGUUCUCCGACAUCUUUACUCGGUCAGACUCGGGGUGCUCACUGAAUGCACCGCGAGGCGUCGCGACUCGAGCUGAUCCGGAGACUUCGUCCAAUUCAUGCCUCUCUUUGUCUCGUUCGCUAUCCUCUGAGUCUUUGUUUCCUUCUCAGUCCACACUUGAUUCUCCAUCUCUGUUUUAUUCUCGAUCGUCGUUCCCCUCUGGUUGUCAGCGAUGCUCCGCUCCGCAAACGAGCGAGAACUUUGUCUCGCUGCGUCGCCGCAGAGUCCUGCGGUGUCUAGGCGACUCAAGAGGGUCGUGUGCCGCAGAUACGUCGCCUGGAGGAGCAUGCGACAAAGACAGGGAAGACCUCCGCGCCCUCUCCGGGUGUUCAGAUAUCGACGCGCAAUCUGACGCGUCUGCGCCGUCAGAUGAGUGGCGGCGCCGUCCUUCGCGGUCUUCUCCUCCAGUCCGCGUUCCUCGUUCCUUCUCUUCUUUUGCCGCCUUCGCGCGUUCUCGCGUCUGUCUUCUCCAGUCGACUUGGUACCUUUCGCCUCGCCCGGUCGACGCUGCCUUGUCCCCCGCUUCGCUCUCUUUCGCCCGGUCCUCCACUGGCGCUUUUUCUUCGUCUGCCGCCGCCUCCACCUCCGUCUCCUCUAGUGGACCGCCAACGCUCGUUCUCUCUUCCGUUCGUCGCCUUGUGCGGCUCGCGCGUUUCCUGGAUCGCCACCCAGCGCUGGUAGUCGUCACUCCUCACCUUCUCCAACUGGCCGAAGAGAGACACCCAGCCUCCGAGCAGUUCCUCGCUGCGCUCAUGCCCCUGUGGAGUCCCUCGGCCUUCGUCGCUGGCGCGUCGCCACUCCCGGCGCCGCGCCCGCCGCAUGCGCCUCUCCCUCCAGAGCUCGCGCGAGCCCCUGCGCCUGUUCGAGAGGAGACACCUCCGCUUCCACUUGGAGACAGUCCCGUGCUGCGCUUCUUCCGCCAGAAGGACGCGCGGUCGGGGGAGCCGGUCUGCGCGCCUGUGACGCCGGGGAAAGAAGCGCGUCUCUCUGCUCCCUCGCCCGUUUCGCCGCUCGGCGUCUCUGUAGCGCAGCUGGUGUGUUCGUAUAUAAGACGAGAUGCGUCAACGCGCAGAGGGAAGAUGGGCGGCCGAGAGCAGCUGCGCGCUGAAGACCUCGAACGCAGUCUCGAGUUCAUUUGGGCAACUUCGCGUCUCUUUAGCCGUCUCCAAUUCCUGGCCUACGACUGCACGCGAAAACUCCAUGCACCCCUCUGUCUCCUCGUCCCCCCCGACGCGGGACGGCUUCCGGAGGCCUCUGUCUCUCGCCCAGGAUCCCUGCCCGCCGGGCUUGUCUCUGGGGCGCCCGGAGAGACGCCAGGUGUCUCCUGCAGCGAGGGGGGAGCGCCUCACGCGAGAGUCGGUCCCCCGCCUGAGAGUGUCUCCUCUUCUGGCGCCGCGCCGUCGACGCGCAGUCUCGACCUAUCUGUCGACGACGUCCGUGCUGCUCACAAGCUUGAGGAACGUCUUGUUGGUCUCCUCGCUCUUGCGCGGGUGACGCGAGAUGGACCUGUCUCCUCCUCUCCUCUCUCCUCCACUCUUGUCGCCGUUGACUCGGCACUCCGGGAAGGUGAGACGGCGAGGCUGCGUCUGCAUGACGAAGAGGAAGAACCUUGUCCGACCCAAGCUGACUUGGACGAGGCGCUGGACUGUCUGCUGCUUCCUCCAUAUCGAUUUCGAGACUUCGAGGAGACGCUGCGCCUUUCUGCGGCUCUUCACCUGGUGCGUGUGAAGCCCGUGAAGCCUCGCGGGCGAAAGCCAGGCGAGGCGCGCGAGAGGAGCCAGGCUCAGGCGCGCUGGUCGGACCGGCAGAGAGAAGAAGAACCGUCCUCCGCGGAAGGAACAGGGCAAGCGAAAGAGAACGCUGUGUCGACAGUGACGACCCAGCGCGAGAGGCACCGGCAGGAGACAGAAGCAGUUCCCUGCAGGGUCUCCAGACGCUGUCCCUCUGAGGAGAACGAAGUGGAGACGAGAGACGACGCUCACGACGAGCCCCUCUGCAGAGAACAGAAGGUGGGGAGGCAUCCGAGCGUCCUGGAGAGCCGCCGACUGCAUGCAGCGAAAGAGGUCAAGCAUGCUGGCAGCGGCGAAGCCCCAGCCACAGCGCUGAGGCGCGGCCUUCUUCUGCUCGCCCAUCCCCUCAUUUGCGACUCUUGGGAGCGUGCAGUCGUCCUCGUCACACACGUCUCUCGCCGAGGCUACGUGGAAGGCGUCAUCCUCAACAAGCGGAGAGCGUGGAGACCCUCUGCCUGGGCGUUGGACGUCGCGCCUUCCACUCAGUCGAGGGGGGAUCCGAAGUCGCGACCUGCAAGCGCGCGCUCGGGGGUGUCAGCGCUGGAUGCUUGUCGCCUACCUGAAAAUCUGAUGAUGCUCGGCGACUCUGCCGGCGGACCCAUCUCGGGUGCUGCGCUCCUUCCAGGAGUCUCUCCUCUGCCUGCGUCCUUUUCGAAUUUCGUGGCGCACAUGCCGCGGCAACUCCGCUUGCUUCAACAUGCGAGAAACAACCUCGAGAAAGCUCUCACACUCUCGUCCUCGGUCACCGGUUCCACCGCCUCUUGCGGCUCUUGUCGCAGUGAACUCGCGUUGACCUCUUCACCUUCCUCGUCUCCCAACUCUGCGCCUUCGCAGUCCCCUCCCUCUGCCGCUCUCUCCGCUUCUCCCUCUCCUCCGUUUGCUUCUUUGUCUCCCUCCCUGCGUGUCAGGGGCGCCUGGGCGGAACAGCUGCUGAGUCGCGCGAGUGUAGCUCUCGCCUUCCACGCAGUCGAAGCCUGGAAGGCGAAGGAGGCGACGGCGGAGCGACUCGCGCGAGUGGUGGAGGAAAUGGCGACGGAUCUGCUGGAUGCUGUCGACUUCCAAGUCUCGAGGUCCACCUCCUCUCUGGCCGCCGCGCAUGCAGCGGAGCUCCGCAGCGAGGCGCCGUUCUUGGUGCGACUCCUGAACUGGUACCGCCAGCGUGAAGAAGGAACGGGAGAGAGCCUCUCUCUCGAGCGAAGACCGGAGGCCUACUCGCUUUCCGCAGGUCUCACAUCUCCCACCGUCGCCGCCGAGCCUGCGAAAGCUGCCUCGCCUUUCCUCGCUGUCGCACCCGAAGUCUCUGGAGAUUCCAGGCAGGACGGAGACAGCCGCAUGUCUCCUCGCCAGGACACUCUGCUGGUCUCCUUCCUAGCCUCGCUCCCGUACGGCGCGGUCAGCUCCGCGCAAGCCGCCGCAGCGGCGCAGAAGGCCCGGCGAGACGCCGCACUCGCGCGCUUCCUCUCCCCAAAGCCGCCUGGAACCUCCGACGAAAGUGCACCCGCAUGUCGCGCAGAUGCCGAGGCGCGGACAACAGAGGAGCGGACGGGAGAGGAGCGGACGGCAGAGGAGCGGACGGGAGAGGAGCGGCCGCACGCAGUUUCGGCAGGGCCGGCGGAGACAGGCGGACGCAGUGCAUGCUCGCGAGUGGAGGACGCCAGAGGAGAGGCGGCUGCAGAGAAGGAGGGAGACAGCAGUCGACUGGGCGAGGAGGCAGCAGAGGAGAAGCAAGGCGAGGCGGAGAAGGGUGCCCUGUCGAGCGUCGGCGAACCUGUGAUGGGGAGAAAGUGGAGAGAGCCCAGAGAGGAAGACAAGGCGACAGACAUCUCCCUUUUGCUGGACAGAUACAGCUUCGGCGGCCCGGUCGCGGGUCUCACAGUGCUUCACAACUCAGCCGAGAGAGGCACUGUGGAUGUGUGUCUGCGCGGCGUCUUUCUCGGCACUCGCCCCGGGAGAGGAAGGCCGGACGCUGGCGCAGCCAACGCUGGUGAGGCAACCGGCCUCUUCACAUGUCGCCAAACUGCAGAGCUUCGAGAGAAGCAGGGUCGUGGAGAGAGAAAAGGCGAUCGCGGAGAAGAGAAAGCGGAACACGGAGACAAGAAAGGAGAUCGAGGAGAGAAGUGCGAAGAAGGACAGGCGACAGGCAGUUGCGAAGAGAAGAAAAGGGAGUGCGACGUGCAGAGAGAAAAGGAUGAGGCUGAAAAAGGCGUAGCCGCUGCUCGCGUCUCCUCGCGUUCUGGCUGUUCGUUCCGCGACUGCGAGGCUGAAGGGCCGGCAGGUCGGGAGACAGCAGAAGGCUCUCCGGUUUUUCUUUCGCGAGUUUUCCUGGGCAAGGCUUCUUGGAGUCCUGGCCAGCUGGAGCGCGAAAUCGAGAAAGGCGCGUGGGUCGUCGUGGGGUGUACAGACAGCGGAGUGAUGCAGGAAAUCGUUUUCGGCCGAGAGCCCUCUGCGCCUGGCGGCGCGCCCGGUGGACAUACCCCUCCGAGCGAGGAGCAUCUCUGGAGACGAGUGCUGUCCGCGCUCGCAGCGAAUCCAGCCUCAGGUCCUCAGGCAGGUCUCUUCGAGGCGAUGAGUCGUUGGCCAAGUUGCCUCGCGCGGGAGACCAACUUUGACGACAGCGAAGAUGACGAAGACCUGGAUGCCGUCUAGCGCUCCGGCGCACAUCGCGGUGUUGAAAGCCGGCAACGCAAGUAACUCAAGGGGGACGGAGAAUGAGUUGAACUCCGUGAGUGAAUGCAACAGACACUCAGGGGCACCGGGAGUUUUAGUCAAGGGCGAUAUACAUCCUCAAAGGCGGCCAACCUCGGACUGCGCAGUCCUUCACUGCCCGCAUCGCAUGCAGCGCGCCAAAAAAUACGCGUCAGGUCCGCAGAACGGCGAGACGCCGGAGCUGUACAAAUCAGCGAGGUUGGCGGAGGAACGCGUUGAAGACUUCAGGUGUACAUACCCCGCGAGAGGCGCAGUUUUUGUGCCCAGCAGUGCAGGGAAGGCUUUGAGUGGAGACCGACGGCUCGCAGACGCGGGCACCUGCAGUUUCAUGUAGGCGCAAAUCCGCAUCUUUCUCUCGUAGAUGCGCAGAUGCCUAGCAACUGAGUGGCUGUGAAGAUGUGCGCUUUCGGGGCUCCAGUUCCGGGUGUACAUCCACUGCACACGCGUGAAGGACGGGGUGUGAACGGUGGUUCACUCGUUGUUUUGCAUGCGUCCCCGGUGUUCGCCUCAAACGUGAGGCGAGCGAGAUUUCCUCUGGUAAUGUGGAACCUGCUACGACAGAGAAAAGUUUUCUCUCUAGACCUUCAACACCGAGAAACGCUGCGUGUUCGCCAGAUGAGCGAAACAGAGUGAAACCGGAGGCAAAGUCAUCUCCAUUUCUAGAUUACCCUGACUACUUUUCUAUUGAUCGCCGUAAAAAACUGUCAAGGUGGAGAGCCUCCCACCCCGUAGUCUGUGACCUCCGAACAACCGACGGCACACC